AUGAACACUGUGAAGAAACGGGAUGGUGAGGCAAACAACGAAGGUAGCGAGCCGGCCAGGAAUAACACAGAAACGCCUUCGAGUUACCUUAUCAGGCCAGAUCAACCAGCAAUGGACUUAUCCUUAAUUCCACCGCACAAUGGAUUUGUACCAGGAAACAAUCAAGAAUUCCAUCAGCAGCCUAUGCACAUUAUUGCAGAUGGUGUAAGCUAUGCUGAAGGACGCUCCUACGAGUCUCGAAGUUGUACUGGCGGCUGGUGUCCGGUCUCGCCAGAAAUAGUUCGGACAGAGAUUACCACGGCAGCGCCAAAGGAAACCACAAUGAAUGCAAAGGAUCCGCGACGCCCUUUUAGACCAUUACAUCUUCAUACGGCUACGUCUCGUGAGUGA